GUUCUUUGUUCUUUUCCAUUCAAUUCAAGUUCGUUCUUUCAUUCGUUUCGUGUAAUUUAUUCUGACAGCUGUUGAGUAGCGCGAGCUGAGAAGCGCAUUGUAAAAGUUAAUUGUUUUAAUUGUAAAUUAAAAGGGAAACAGUCUGCUUUUCGAUAUUGUGGACCCGGUUGGACGAGUCCCUAAUCCAUCAUGUCGGAAACGCGAAAAAACCAUCUCACCAUAGAUGGAGGGCAGGUGAAAGAAGAUGAACACGUCGCCUCCUACAAGCCUAUUCCUGAGUCCGAUGGAGACUUUCGGUCAUCAAAAUCCAAUCUCUCCAAAUCUAAGGAGAAACUUUCUCCUGACGGUGCGGAGGAGAAGCUACUGCCCAAAGAAGUUGAGGCCAAGAUAGUGACCCGGGUCGACAUGGCUGAUGCCAAGUAUGUGGUGGAAGACCACAGGAACGGAGACGCUAAGAUCGAGCUUGAUGCUAACAAACGGCAAUUCUCUGGGCUGACGAAGGAAGAGUUACUGAAGUAUGCAGAUGACCCAUUCUGGGUGAACCUGCGAUGGGCAAUGUUCAUUCUGUUCUGGGCGCUCUGGCUCGCCAUGCUGGCUGGUGCCAUCACCAUCAUCGUCAAGGCUCCCAAGUGUGCUGCCCCAGAACCUAAGACAUGGUACUUAAAAGGCCUUCUAGUGGACAUGGAAGAAUCUCCUUACGCUGAAAUUGAAGAUGAUUUGCAGCUGCUGGAACAUUUCAAAGUACAGGGAGUGUUUGUGGAUGUUCCUACUUAUGAGAUCAUUGAUGAGAAUCCCAGUGUGUUGGAUAGCUUCAAGCGGUUCGUCAGCAUGGCCAAGAGCCAUGGUAUCAAAGUCAUUGUAGAUUUGAUCCCCAACUACGUGCCACUAUCUCACAUGUGGUUCCGUAUGAGCGAGAACAAAACUGAUGGCUAUGAUAACUACUUUGUGUGGAAGGAAGGUAACUUCUUUGAUGAGAGCGGUCGCAGGGUGCCUCCUAAUAACUGGGUAUCAACUCUGAACCAGUCGGCAUGGACAUGGAGCGAGCAGCGCAAGGCUUACUACUUGCACCAGUACGACGUUUCGCAGCCAGACCUGAACUUCCACAAUGAGGAGGUGGUCAAGGAGUUUGAUAACGUUCUCAAGCAAUGGAUGAAGGCCGGAGCAGCUGGUGUCAGGUUAAAUAAAGUCCGCCAGUUACUAGUAAACACAGAAUUGAAGGAUGAACAACCUCUAACUGGACGUGGCAGCGACCUAGCCGCCGACCACACUUACUAUUCCUACUGGCGACACACACAGACCACGGACCAGCCCAAACUGAUGGAGCUCCUGCAGCGAUGGGCUAAAGUCGUUGACGAUGCCAGCGAGGCACCCGGCACUGGAUCAUCAGUAUUCACUCUGAACGAGGAAGGAGGUCGCGCGGAGCUGUUCCUCUUAUACAAGAACAUAACGUACCUCCGACCGCUGGUCUCCAAGCCGCUGACAAUAGAGAACGAUGUUAGCGCCACCGCCGCUGAAAUUAACGAGCGGAUAGCCAAAUGGCCAGCAUUGAAUUUGAGGACAUUCCCUGACACGCAACAGGAGCUGGUGGCUUUCGAGCUGCUACUGCCAGCCUCACCCAUCCUCAACCCUCACCAGCUGGAGAAGGAGGACAAUGAAACUACUACCAGCGAGUCGUUGGCGCACUUCGUGUCGAUGCGCGACGACGCGAGCAUCCAGCACGGACACUACGUGGUGGCCGGCGUGCCUGCACGGAACUCCUCCACCAACACACUGCUCGCUGUAGCUCGGUGGAAGACCGGCCAUACAGGUUAUGUGGCGCUGUUCAACCCGUUAGAGGAGGACCAGCGCGCCAACCUCACCGCAGUGUCGUCCAUACCGGACACUCUCACUCCUCACUUCAUGUCGCAUGCCGUUAGGCAGUACACCAAUUAUUCUCUGCACAACGCAGAGCCGGCGGACAACUUGUUGGUGCCGCCCAAAUCCUCGGUGGUAUUCUCCUACGUCCCGAGGACAUCGGCCGAGAAUUAAACAACUAUAAUGAAAAUUAAACAAAUUUUCACCAAAAUAUCCACCACGCUUCCCCGUUGUACGAGAGGGGCAAUAAUUUUGCAUUUACGUUUUUAAAAGACAAUAGCAAAAUAUAGAAUUUGAAGCAUACCUA